AUUGCUGGGACAAGGGGGGACAUUCAAGAUGACUUCUAUACCUGCAUCCAGCUGGAGUGCAAAUGAGAGCAGCGGCUGGAACACAAGCUUCUCUGGAUCAGGAGGCAACUGGGGGCAGCCUCUGGGAGCUCAGGCUGGUAACAUCUCCUCCCCGUUAGCACCUGCAACAGCUAACUUCUCCAAUCAAUUUGUGCAGCCCUCCUGGCGCAUUGCCCUGUGGUCUCUGGCUUAUGGUGGGGUGGUGGCCGUGGCCGUCUUUGGCAACUUGAUUGUCAUCUGGAUCAUCUUGGCUCACAAGCGUAUGAGGACAGUGACUAACUAUUUCCUGGUGAACCUGGCCUUCUCGGAUGCCUCCAUGGCUGCUUUCAACACCGUCAUCAACUUUAUCUAUGCCCUGCACAGCGAGUGGUACUUUGGGGAGGCUUACUGCCGCUUCCACAACUUCUUCCCCAUCACUGCGGUCUUCGCCAGCAUCUACUCCAUGACGGCGAUUGCCGUGGACAGAUACAUGGCCAUUAUCGAUCCCCUGAAGCCCAGACUGUCUGCAACUGUAACGAAGGUGGUCAUUGGGAGUAUAUGGAUUUUGGCUUUCCUGCUUGCAUUUCCCCAGUGCCUCUACUCCAUAACCAAAGUGAUGCCUGGAAGAACUCUUUGCUAUGUAGCAUGGCCAGGUGGUCCAAAACAGCACUUUACGUAUCAUGUCAUUGUGAUUGUAUUAGUGUAUUGCUUUCCACUGCUUGUCAUGGGUAUCACUUAUACCAUAGUUGGAAUUACCCUUUGGGGAGGCGAGAUUCCAGGUGACACAUCUGACAAAUACCACGAGCAGCUCAAAGCUAAGAGAAAGGUGGUAAAAAUGAUGAUUGUCGUUGUGUUGACAUUUGCAAUCUGCUGGUUGCCCUACCACAUUUAUUUCAUAGUUACUGGGAUCUACCAACACUUAAAUCGGUGGAAAUAUAUUCAGCAAAUCUACCUAGCCAGCUUUUGGCUAGCCAUGAGCUCCACAAUGUACAAUCCCAUUAUCUACUGCUGCCUUAAUAAGAGAUUCCGAGCCGGUUUCAAGAGAGCAUUCCGUUGGUGCCCAUUUAUUGAGGUGUCCAGCUAUGAUGAGCUGGAGCUCAAGGCAGCCAGGUUUCAUCCCACCAGACAAAGUAGCUUGUACACGGUAUCCAGAAUGGAGUCUAGCACAACAGUAGUGUUUGACCCCAAUGAUGGAGAUCAUUCCAAGUCCACCCGUAAGAAAAGAGCUGCUUCGCGGGACACAAGCUUUAAUGGCUGUUCACGCAGGAAUUCCAAAACCACCUCUACAACCUCGAGUUUUAUCAGCUCACCCUAUACAUCAGUGGAUGAGUAUUCUUAAGGCGCUGGGUAAAUUUGUGAUGAGUGUGAAAAGAGCAGUAUUGUACAUGAAAGAGACAAUGCUAUUCUAUCUUAGAACCAUAUCCAAGCUACAGGAUGGCAGUCAAGAUUCAGUCGAUGAACCUGGUUGUAAAUACCAUACGACUUACUGGCCCUGCUUACGUUUGUACUUUGGAAAAAAAGAGGAACUAUAAGACGUCUGUUUACAUGAGUAGGAAAAACACAGUGGCAUCUUGUACAUAGAAAUGUUUGUAAGAAUUAUUUAAAACAAUACAACAUAAAACUCUUGCUCCUGUAUUAGGAUCAAAUGCAGACCUAUAGCUGACUUGCUGAUAUUUAAGUUUUACUGACUGAAAUGUAACCAGGCAGCUUCAAAAUAACUAUAGUUCAAACUGUACUGAAUUUUUAUAUUAUUUGUGAAUUCUACAGGAGGAAAGUUACAUAAGAUUGGGUUAAAAAUUCCUUUUGUAUCAAGUCCUGAUAAGUUCCAAAUCCAGUCUGCUGUUACACAAACUCAUGUGGGUGAUCCUAUUGAAGUCAAGGUGGAUGGGAUUCAGCUCUGUGCGCCACUUAAAUACACUUAAGACUAACUCAAACCCCAAAUAGGGCUUAAGUGGUUCAUAGGCUUUGUUCUGGCCCCUGCACAUGCAGGAAUACCAACCACCCUGUGUGCUGCAAGUAGGACUUACUUGACCCACAGUUGCAGUGUCUUUCAGUAGCUACACCAGACUGCAACCUCAAAGUGAAGGUCACAAAACAUAGUCUGUAUCAAGAGAUCUUUGUUAAACAUGGAUCAGUGCUCACCCGCUGAAGUAGGAAGAGCCACUUCCUCAGUAAGGCACAGCUAAAAUAAUGCCUUACUAGACAGACAUAAAAAUACAUAACUGCAUUUGUAUUCAUUUUGACUGUCGGCCAACUAGUAUACAUAAUUAAAUUCAGACAACUGAAGCUUAUGGUCAGAUAUCUGUUUUCCUGCAAAAGCAAAACAGUGAUUGUAAUAAAUAGUUUGCUUGCUCUGUCCCCAGAUACAAACUCAGUUUUGGUUUGGGUUGAAUCCCAAACUAUAAAGGAUGUAUUUCAGUGCAGGUUCAGAUAUGGCCAUUCUCUCACACAAGCAGCUUUUUCUUGCAAGAUUUUGACCCCACGUAUUAUAUUUUGAUUCAAGAUAAAAGAGAACUCCUUUGAGAUCAUGUCAUCUUGCCAGUUUUUUCCAUCAUUUUGUCCUAAAAACAGUUCACAGGAUUUUGACAUAAUUGACUCCAAACUCAAAACUUGAACUCCAGAUUAAAGCCUGAGUCACGGAUGAAUGGUAGCUUAAUCCUAAUCCAUUUGGGUAGGGCUCUUUACACUGGGAACGUGAUUCCAACAGUCAUUUGAGAUGAGUGUGUGAGGUUUAUGGCAUAUGAAAAAAAUAACCAUCAUCAAGAUCUCCAUGGUGCUUCAGAGAAUUGCAGUGUUGUUCAUUGAACUCUAAGGGCUUACUUUGGAAUCCAGCCUUUAUUGGGCUCUCUUUCUGCACCCAAAAAACAGAAUAAAUCAUUUCAAUGUCUAAAUACCUGAUAGCUCCAGUUAGAUUGUACUAACAAAUUUUGUACAGGGAGCCUGCAGCCACUUGCACCUGCAAAUUGUACAGGCAAAAAACAAGAUCCCAGUGUUUUGAAAUUUGUCCUCAUAGACCAUAGUUUUCCAAAUAUACAUUUCCUUCAAUAAUGUGCAUUCUUAUGGGUGCAUGUAGAAAUCUUGUGAUCACAUUUUUGGAAGCUUGUUUGUGAAUAUGAAACAAAAAUCUAAGCAUCCUAUAUUUUAUAUUAGAUUAAAAAGUAUUCUUUUUAAUUAUUACCUACUGUGGUAAAAGCCCAAGGAGCUGAGCACCUCUUGAGAGCUUCUGUUCACCCUCAUUUUCCACUGAAGUCACUGGGCCAAAUUUUGAAAUCUGUAUCCAGUUUUUACCCUGUCCUUAGUCAGGCAAACUGCCACUGAAGACUGCAAAGUCUAAUUGCUUGAAUAAGAACUGAGUAAAAGUUUCAGGAUUUUGCCCAACAGGGGUUGAGGGCACUCAGCACCAUUUAAGAGACACUCUGAACCUUGGAGAUCAGACCAUAAAUUUGCCAAUCCUGAAUCUUUAACGUGGCACUUCUAUUGUCGCUGGGCAGCAAGGGAAAUUUCUAAAACUUCUGAUACUUAGACAAGGUGGAUGAGACAACAGCAUGUUAGGAAAUCAUUAGAGAAUCCAGUAUUAUCACUGUUCAGGCUAACUGCCACAUUAUCAACACACUUAACCACCAACAUAACCCCUUAAUGGUUUUAAUAUCAGAAUUUUCCCAUUUUUCUUUAACAAGAAUGGUUGUAUAGUCCAGAAGUAUUAGUGUGUGACAGAGUUUAGAUCCAUAUCCACCUAAUACACAUCUGGGGUGAACUGGAACAAAUACAGUUCUUUUCUAUAAUAUACAGAAUCUUUUCUAUAAUAUACAUAGUAUCUAUUUUUAAUCAUACAGCACUUCUAUCACGCAAGACCAAAAGUUUUUUUAAUAAAAGACUAAAGGGUUUUGUGACACAGAAGUAUGAUUAAGAAUAAAUACAAUCUUAUGCUGAAGCAGAAUACAAUAAUUCAGAGAAAGGACACAAUGGAUAUUACACGUCAGGAAACUUUGGAGUUUGUUUAUAAACAUGAAUAGGUGUACUUUAUAUAUUUUUUAUUUGUACAAGUAUGUUUGGUAACUUUAAAAAAACACUAUUUGUUUUCAAUUGUGUAAUUGUACAAGAUAAAUUGUAAAUGUCAGGAAAAGUCUACAGCUGAAAACGUCUUUAAAAAAGAUUAUAAUGGAACCAUCAGCUUCUUAAUAGAAUACAUUAUAUGAUAUUUAAUUAAAAUGAGAAUAUUGCUACUGAGUUUAACCAGAAUCGUCAUCUCAGAUGUGGCAGUAACAACAAAUAUCUUUCUGAGGUGUAUUUUGUGGAUUAGCUUAGGUGAAUGUACUAUAGCUCACUGUUCUGGUAGCUAAGGGAGAAGUCCUGGCUCCACGGAAGUCAAUGGAAGCUUUGGCAUUGAUUUCAGUGGGGUCAAGAUUUCUCCUAGAGAUUUUUAACUAAUAUACACAAAUAAAGAAGAAAAAAUUCAAAGCAGAAAGGUCAGUAUGCCAUGCUGUAAUGUUUUCUGUUACCUAAAACAGAUAAACAAAACAAUGAAAAAAAUAUUUGUGCCAUUUUUCCUAGGAUAAAAAGGUGACAAUUUCCCCAACGGAAGAAAACCCAUCACCAAACUAUCCCUUAAGAAUAGAAGGCCAAAUUCUGAUCUCAGUUACUCCACUGAGGUCUAGGAUAUCUACACUGAUUGCAGUGGCGUUAUUCAGGAUUUAAACCGGAAUAAUUGAGAUAAGAAUCUGGCUCAGAGGUUCUUUAGGAGCAAAACAUGCUACAGAUGUUUGAUAUGUGCUCAGCUUCUGCCAGGUAUUCAUAUACACUAGAAAUUCAGGAUUUAAAAAGUAAAAUUCAUUUCUAAAAUGCAUCUAAUUCUCUCACAAUCUCUCUUUAAAUGAACAAUUCCUGCUGAUAGAGUUCCCGUUGCUCUAUAAACAGAUCUUUUACCAAAUCCUAGAAUUGCCACAGCUCUGGACAUUUAUUAACUUUCCAGGCACACUGCAAUGCCUCUCUCUUUCUGCAGGCAUUAGGGGAAAGGGUGAUCUUAUGGGUGGGUAAAGCUGGACAUGGGAGAUUGAUUUGGGGUAUUUUAGGGCAAUGGUUAGAAUUUGUGCAAUGAAUAUUAAAAUUUUGUAAAAUGUCUAGGAUAUGAGAGCUGACUUUAUAAAAAUCUCAAUAUGUUUAAAUGGCUUUGUUUGGCAGAGCGGCAACAAUGUUUGAGUGAAAUCAUAUUUCAAGAUGCAUAAAAAUGUGCAUACUGCAAUAUAGGUUUGCUUUCAUGAAUUUGUGACCCAUUUUGUCACAUCACCAGCCAGAGUCUUUUGUGACAGACGAGAAACUAGGUAACGUGAAUACAAAAUGGGAAAUGAUGGCCUUGGAAGGACUACUGCAGAAAAAAGAAUUUGGGAGUUAUAGUGGAUCACAGACUAAAUGAGUCAACAAUGAGCCUUGACUCGGUCACACAAAACAAGCCAACUCAGAGCUGUAGUGUGCGGGGCAGAAAUGUGUACAAGAUGGAGACAUUUUGCAUUAUUGUGACCCCCUAUUAAGACAUCUUUUGCAUUAACCUCAAGAACUUCACUCCAAAGGUGAAUGCAGAAGUCAUUUAAAGAAACCAUUACUCUUUUAUAUUAGAAAAUUAUAAAAAUAUAGUAACUUGCAAUUCCAGUGUCACAUAUGCCCUUCUCAGCAAGGGCAGGAUCCAAAGCCCAUUGACAUCAAAGGAAAAAGUCCCACUGAUUUCUGGACCAGACCUUAAGUCACUGCUCAUACAUGCCAAGUCCCUGUAUUUAUGAACAGGCCCUGUUUUUCAGCAAAAUUUAAAAACAAACAAACAAAAAAAACCCCACCCUUCUCCUAGUUCAGUAUAUGUAAUGUGAUGCACACAAAAUGUCCAUUUUCAUUUUUUGCCUCAAAUGUCCUGAUUUAAGGUUCUAAAUCCACACAAGUAUGAAGAUAUACUAACACAACUCAGCUGGGGGAGUUCAGACUGGCUACAAAAAGCUGAGCAUAGUAACUUUGUGCUUGCAUAUUAUAUGUGUGUAUUGUAAAGUCUUUCUCGUUGUUCAUGUACAAUUUCUGUCUAUAAGGAAGUUAUGUAUAGAAAAUGUAUGGUUGUUGAAUAAACUGUCUUUUUUAAAGUGUGGCUGUUACAAAAAUAGGCAUUGUAUUAAUAAAAAUCAGUAUAUGAA